AUGCAUUAUCUCAGCUUCGUCUUAGAACAGCCUAUUGUUCUAUCAGCAACACUCCUUUUAUUUCUCUAUGUAUUGGGAAAGAAAUCACCAAAGCCCACGCGCAAUGGCAAACCUCUCAGAAAACCUCCAAACUCACUGCCACUGGUAGGGAAUGGCAUCAUAUUCCUUCAGCCUCGCCAACAUCUUUUUUCCUGGUUCCACCGCUGUGAGCGCCUGUAUGGUUACGAGACUCUCCAUAUCACUGUUCCUACUCUCCCGCCAGGUGUCAUUGUCAACAGCCCCCAGAACCUAGAGUUCAUCUUCCGCCAUGAGGGAAUCUUUGAAAAGGGAGACUUCUUCAAACAGCGAUCUUGGGACUUAUUCGGCCAUGGCAUCAUCAACGUGGACGGCGAGUUCUGGCGUCUGCAGCGCAAGGCUGGUCUACGGUUCCUCUCAGCAGCUGCCUUGAAGACUCUGACGAGUGACCGAUUACCAGAGUACCUAGAACAAGCCAUCCGCGUCCUCAAGGGAAAAGAAGCUGGGAGAGAUGUAGUGGACUUACAGGCCGUGAUCCACGAAGUGACGACGCAGCUGAUGGGACGAAUGGCAUACAACAUGGAGAUGCACGCUGACGAUAAUUUUACCGUUGCUUUUGAGCAUGCCUCAGGGGCCACAGCCGAAAGGUUCCAGAAUCCACUAUGGUUUAUGACAGAAAUGUUCUUUGGAACUCGAAUGCGACGUUCUAUCCGAACUGUCAAGGCCUAUGGGCAGCGGAUCGUCAAGAGUGCAGUGGCUGAUCGCGAAGAAAUGGAGGGAAAGACUCAGUCCGAUGCGCCAGGAAGUCUCAUUCAGUCUUUAUUGGAUGCAAUUGGCGACGACGAUCUUGUAGCAGAUGCUGCACUGAACUAUCUUUCGGCAGGGAGAGAUACCGUUGCUCAGGCACUUACGUGGACGCUAUAUUUACUCAUGAAGCACCCCGAAGUGACCAGCAAGCUAUGCCAGUCGAUCCAAGACCUACGAGAUGAAAUCAGAGACCAAGAUCACUCUGAGAACGACCCCGAUCUUCUAACCCCGGUACGACUCCCCUACGUGCUAGCAGUCUUCUACGAAACCCUCCGCCUUCGACCUCCCAUCCCCUUCGAGAUCAAACAAGCUCAACAAGAAACAAUCCUUCCCGACGGAACAUUCCUCCCAAAAGGUGCUGUCGUGCUAUGGUGUGCUUGGGCAAUGGGCCGCUCUCACACAACUUGGGGUCCUGAUGCAGAUGAGUUUCGCCCAGAGCGAUGGCUAACUACGUCUCCAUCUGGUGAUGUGACAGUCAUGCAGCGUUCAGCAGCUGAGUUUCCUGUCUUCAAUGGUGGACCUCGGGUGUGUCUAGGGAAGAAAAUGGCAGAGUUGGUUGCUGUACAGACAUUGGCUAGGUUGGUACCUCUAUUUGACUUCAGACCUGCUUUCGUAGGCGAGAGAGUGAGCAAGAGUAGUUUGACUCUUCCGAUGGAGGGUGGUUUGCUGGUGUAUGUGCAUGCUCGAACGACCUCCGACAUAUUGUAG